AUGAGAUUAAGGCGAGCGGCUCGUGUCAUUCUGGUCGGCGCACCCGGCGUUGGAAAGGGCACCCAGUCCGAGAGGCUACUACAUCGCUUCCCGCAGCUACACUGUAUCAGCUCCGGUGAUCUCCUGCGGAACAACGUGAAGAACAGGACCGCGCUCGGCAUACAAGUAGAGAGCACGCUCAAGGCCGGUGGCCUCGUCUCUGACAGCCUCAUCCUGCGCCUGAUCAACAACGAGUUGAGCAAGCGAGGAUGGCUCGGUCAACCCCAGGUCAUGACGCUCAACUCCUCGGCGGUGGGGGCCGAAGGUGAGACGUACGGCAACGAAAGCGAGAUGGCCGCCUUCUUGUCCGCAGCGCCCAAGACCUUCGCCGCCCGCCCCUCUGAAGACCCAUCGGCUUCGUUCCUGCUGGACGGCUUUCCACGGACCGCCUCCCAGGCCGACCAGCUCGACGCCAUGGUCCCGGUCAACCUUGCAGUGUCCAUCAAGACCCCAUUCGACGUGAUCCUGGAGCGCAUCUCGGGACGGUGGGUGCACGAGCCCUCGGGGCGCGUGUACAACACGACGUUCAAUGCGCCCAAGGUGCCCGGACGGGACGACAUCACAGGCGAGCCACUGGUCAAGAGGGCCGAUGAUGACGAAGAGACGUAUCGAACGCGUUUCCGCAAGUUCCAGGAGACGAGCGAGCCCCUCCUGGAGCAUUAUGCCCGGCAGGGAGUGUUGAUGGAGAUCGAAGGCAUGAGCAGUGACGAGAUCAGCCCGAAGCUGUUCAAGGAGUUCGAGAAACGCUUUUGCGAGUAA